AUGAAGGGUGAUGGGAACUUUCAAUCCAUGACAUCAUUCAGAUUUUCGGAAACAUACUUGCAACACAUAAUGUCGGGUCCUAUAGUUGAUCUACUGAUAAGGAACGACAAAUCAGCUGCUCUUGAAGCGCUUCGAAAUCUGUGGAGCUACCGUUUAUUGGAGACGUUGCAUCUCGAGAGCUGCGAUCUAAGUGAUCAGGACCUCGAAAGCAUUCGUCCGGGCUCCACUUGCGUCAAAUAUGUCUGCCUUCGCAAUAACCAGCUGGUUCACCCUUGGUCGACAUUAGCGAAAAAUUUCUUAGCUCUCAAUUAUCUGGACUGCAGAGAGAACAGGUGGUUGACAAUGGAUCUGAGCGCCAUGAAAGGAUUACAGCUCGCUCCACAUGGAGCACUUGUUUUUGAGUACGCCUCACCAGUCGUGGCCCUAGCCCGUCAGCUCGCUGAAUUGAAUGCUGAACAAGUUGCGAAUUCGGAAAGGAAGGCGGUCGAAGAGGCUCUGGUCGUGGAAUUGGGAAGACUAGAGGCUGAACACCGAGAAGAAGUUGAAGAGGCUGCGGAUGAAGUCCGGGAAGAACAUGUGGUUGCUCUUCCAUUCAACUCAAGGAUUUCUACUCCGCAUCCGACGUUCCAACAAUCGGUGAUUUAUGCUGCUGUCUUCAAAUUACAUUUUGGGGUGAGCGAAAAGAUGGCUGGUUUUCUGGACGAUUUUCUUGCCAUGAAAGGUUUCUAA